UCUUCUAUCCCUAGCAAGCAAGCUCUAAUCCAUGGCGGCGCCUCAGGGGAACAACAACCAGGCUGCAGCUCCGGCGGCGCCGCCUCCGCUGCCGCCGCAGCCACCGAGGCCGCCACUGCGACGGCAACCGCUGCUGGACCAGCUCCCGAGACGCCUGGAGCAUGAGAUCAGCAGGAUUGAUGGUCGUAUCAGGGAGCUAGAGGAUGAAUGCUACAGGCUUGUCUCUGAAGGACAUGGGUCGACGCUGGUGAUAAGGUUUAGGAUUGAAAAGAUGGAAGCUUUGAGGGCAAAGCUGAUAUCCCGUUACCUGCAGCAGCAGCAGAACGACGACGGCGGCGAUAGCAAUGGCGGCGACUCUCCGCCUCCGCCUCCGCCUCCAGCCGCCGGUGGUGCCGCUGCGGUGAACUGAACCAGCUCAUGGGUGGUGCAUGGUCAAUCUGCAAUUCUGCAUGAUACAGAACGAAAUCUUAUAUAUAUGUGCCUUUGUAGCAUAUGAUCUGAAUCAUGUACUGGUACUUAAUAAUUUGUUUAUGCUAUGAAUGUUUGGUGUACUUUUGAUAAUGGAUUUGAUCUUAGAGUGG